AUUUACGAAUUGAUGCAACUCCAAAUUUAACGAGGAUCUGUAAAUUAUAAGAUUUAUGCAGAGAUUGAAAGAUAAAUAAUACUCCUUUUUAGGAGCGGUAUAUAUUCUUACUGAUACUGAUGUAUAGAACUGUCAAUACGCAACUGGCAAGUUUAGGAAGACGUACUCAAUUUUAUGGAGGAAUAUUAUAUUUUACCUUUUAUUACAAAAGCGUUAUAGCCAAUAGCGUUUACUAUAAACUGCGGUCCAAGCACUACAUACUAUUUUUUGGUAAACGAAGAAAACAUCUUUCGGGAAUCUGAUGUCGUUUUGGGAAAGGUUGGCACAUUUAUGAGAAGAGGUUAUCUGUCAGUUGUCAAAAUUAUUCAACUAUACUUAAUGGGGCAUUUUUACUUAAUAUUUAGUUUACACAUUUAUAACGUACACUGUCACACUAAAUUAUAGUUAUGUAAAGCAAUAUUUUAUCAUUUAUCAGUAUUUAUUUUUGUUACUAUGUUAGAAAUAAUUGCUACUCUAAUACGAAACAGUUCUGUUUAUUUGGUCGGAGAAGUCAUCGAAUGUGUGAUUAUAAUAAAAAAUCCUUCUACACCCGAUCAUUUACAAGGCCAUAGUGCUUCUGUGGAGAACUUGGCGUGGGCUUCUGCUCAAAUUCAAUGUUACUGCGCAACUGAUAAAAGUCCUACAUUGAAUUCUGUAUCUAAUAACACCGUGGUAAUCAAUAGCGGCACGUCCCUAGAAACACUGCACUCAAAUAAUGACUCGAUUAUUGUAUCAACAAAGCCUAAGAUUUUGUUUUGUGAUUUAACUUUAGCACCUGGAGAAUCCAUAAAAUAUUAUUACAAUGAAGUUAUACCAAUUGACUCGCCUCCUUCUUACAGAGGCUCAUUGGUCAAGUACUCCUAUAAAGUUUUAAUAGGAACUCAAAGAGUAAAUUCAAAUGUUAAGUUAGUGAAAGUACCAUUUCGUGUGCUGCCAUUGAGUUCAGUUAAUACUCCUCUGGAUGGUUUAGGUUUAUGCAAUGAUACUUCAGAAGAGCUUACAAGAACUAAUCCAUUUCUUGAAACCAAGAAAACUGAUUCGCCAUUGGAGAUUGCCAUUGAAAAUUUACAAAAUAUCACGGCCCGCAGAAGUCCAAAUUUUUAUAUGAUUACUAAUAAUAAUGGCCAUGUAUGCCGAUUUUGUUUAUUCAAACCUGCUUAUAAAUUGGGUGAAGAUAUUGUAGGUGCUUUUGAUUUCUCAGUAGCUGUUGUACCAUGUAUGCAGAUAUCAGUUUCUCUUCAAUGUGAAGAAGUGUUGAAAAAUUCUAAAACAGAAUCCAAGGCAACUACAGGAAAAAUUGUAACAUAUAACAGACAUAAUGAAGUAUGUAUUGGAUUGUCGCAUACUCAGCUCAUACUUCCUAUACCUUUACAUGUAACUCCGUGUUUUGAAACAUCUUUAGUUACCUUAAAGUGGAGACUUCACUUUGAAUUUGUUACAAGUUCAAGUCCAGAAUUGAAAUUGCCUUCUAAAACCAUAAUGGAUUGGAGAGCACCAGAAAAUGUACCAAUAGAAACUAUGGUUUGGGAUUUACCAAUAACGAUUCAUUCCACAAAUCCAAUGCUUAUAGCAAGCCCCAAUGCUACUAAUACACAUAUAAUUAUAAAGUAAUUCAGUAUAAAAAAUAUUUUUAUGAGUGAUGACAAAUUAUCAAUCUAUUUAUGGCUAAAUAUGAAUACAA